CAUCGGUCAUUGCUGCGUAGGAGGAAGUAAAAAAUGGCGGCCUAAGACCAAGCUGUGACUGGGUUCUUGACGAUUUCGCCAUCAAAAUGUCAUCAGAAAGAUUCGAAGACCUCGAAGAUGAGCUCAGGUCAACUCUUGACUCAUUAGAGGGUGUGAUAAAAACCAGACUACCAAAGAUAUCUGGUGAGCAACGCAAGUCAGAGUUAAGGAAGGCUGAAAAGCAGAUGGAAGAUGCUUCAUCCCUUCUUAACAACAUGAUGGAGGAAACCCAUGGAGUUCCUGGUGCAUAUAGGACAAAGAUGCUAUCCACUAUAAGAUCAUAUAGAUAUCAGCUGGAAAAUGUCAAAAAAGAAAUAAAUAAGGCCUCUGCGCAGACACCCAGUGGAAGGAGUGAUCUGUUUGGAGAUUUCUCUGAUCCUUCUGUUGCACACAAAAAUCGUAUGUUGGAAGGACUAGAUAGUCUUCAGAAAAGUUCUGCGAGUGUUGAAAGAUCACAGAGAAUUGCUGCUGAAACUGACGAAGUUGGUGUACAGAUCAUAGGGGAUUUGGAAGACCAGAGAGAAUCUUUACUUCGCACACGUGACAAGGUUAAACAAGCUCACUCAGAUCUUGGCAGAAGUCGAAGGAUUCUCAACUCGAUGGCAAUCAGGCUUGCAACAAACAAAGUCAUCCUUGUGAUCAUAAUUUUCCUCGAACUCAUCAUCCUUGGUGCAGUCGUUUAUAUUAGAUUUUUUAAAAGUAAGAAGAAAUGAUUUAUUCAAUUCCAAGUCAUCAGCAUGAAGGUACAUCAGCAUGAAGUACAUUUAGGUCAAGUAGCUCAUUUUGAAUACACAAUUUCAACUUGAUUUGUUUUCUAAUGUCCUUGUGAUAACAAUUCUGAUUUAGCUAGCAGUUGUUUGUCGCUAAUUAAUGUACGUUAACUUCUCUGGUUCUUACGCAACCAGCAUGCUUUGCGACCAUAUUUUCAAAACAGGCCUAAUAACAUAUUGCAUGAAAAUUCCAAAAACAGCCCAUUUCUUCUCAUGUAAGAAAACAGAUGCCGCAAAGCUUGCCGGUUGCUCAAGUGCCUUUGAUCAAAUUCUUCCCCUCCAGUUAAGGGCAUCGAAUAAAUGGAGGCGUUGAAAAAAGGGUGAGGGGGCCAUUAUUUUACUAUACUACCGCUGCAUUUGUCAUUUAAGAGUAUUUCAAGAUAAUUGGCCCUUAAGAGCCUUCUUAAAAAGCCUAGAUUCGCUGGAUCCAUGUUGUUGUAAUGGGUUUUAACUAAUCUUAUUUUUCUACGCUAUCUCUUCACGGAAACCUUGAUACUUACCAACUAUAUUCCACAGUUAACUACUAGUGCUGUACCUUGGCAAAAAGAGGCGUAUACUCUAGAGCUAAGGUAUACUAGUAUUUUUUGUUGAUGGUUUCAAGGUGUAAGAUGAUAUAUGUUUAUAAAAGUGCUACACAUUUAGAAGGCUAGUCUUCAACUAUCAACAUAUGGCUAUAUUUCUAUUGAAUCAUAGUGUCUUUUAAUGAUUCUACAGCAAUGUUUUGCCUCGACAGCAUUUGUAUUGCUCAAGAGGAACUUUCGUCGUGCUUGUUGCAGCGGUCAAUAGAAAUUUAUGUAAGAAUUGUGCUUAUCGAAAGCCUGAAACCUCUCUAGGGUGGCGGACCCCUUUUUGAAUGAUUCUCUUGCUGUGUGGUCUGCCAUAAUAUGUUUAAAAAAUGUAACUUUUGGCGGGAAAAUUCUAAUAUCGUGGAGCCUUAAACUCAGUUUGUUAUGAAAGUUUCUCAUACCAACACCGAUUAAUCAGCUCCUAAAUUGUAGAUUGUGUUCUGAAACUUUGAAGGAAGUGGAAGAAUUUUGCUAAAUAAUAUACAUUUUUGUCAAGUGGAAAAAUUUGUAGCUCAAGAUUUACCCAUCCCUUUUGAAAAUUUGUUUUUUUUUACUUUUUUUGAGUAGAGAGUUACUUAUCUCGACAUGAAGUGGUCAGCCACAAGGUUAUUGCAUGCCACUAGCAGCAUAACAUUGUGGUUCGUAUGUUUGCCUCACAGAUUCAUAUCAUGAUAUUGAUCGUCACCUCUUGAUUAUUAAAGGAAAUCAGCUACGUACUCAUCACAUUAAAUUGACUUAUGUUAAAUAUUUUGAAUCUUUGCAAUUUAGUUGUAAUGAAUGCAAAAGCAGAUUUGUUGAUAGUAAAAAUAUUCGUAUUGUUCACUUGAUAUUUCUUCUUUGUUGCUGAUCUCUUUGAUUUUCGAAACAUUUUGUCUGUACUUCUGAAAAGAGACCCAUGUAACCUGCAAGCCAUUUGAUUUUUCUUUGUAAACACAAAGUCUCUUUCUGGUAAGCCGUAAUUGUAAUUAUUCUAGCAGAGUCAGGAAAACAUCACGGUCGCACGGCCACUGACCGGAGGAAGGUCCACAAAAAACAAUAGAAGCUCCUAGGACACACCCAAGCCACGCCCACUUUCUAUUGUUUUGUUAGGAAGGUUUGCCUUCGGGGAUGUUUUUUCCGGAAGAAGGUUAACAACUUUUCUUGACUCUGUGUUAUAGAAGAGGAAAUGAUUCAGUUUAUAAGAGUGGCCAUAACAUAGCAUCACAUCUUUGUUAGGUUUUACGUAGCACGACAGUCAGCGCAAGUACAUAAAACUUAGGAUAGAUCACCCUUGUACUUAACGACAACAGGUAAUUCCUCUCUAAAAUCUAAAAAUUACUUGCCAUAUUUUGCAAGGAUCUAGAAAAUAGCCACUGCUAAUUUUAAUUUUGAGACGUGAUAAAAUGUAUAUCGAAAAUACUUGUCGUUGUGUACGCAUUAUUGCUGAGCAAAUAUAGAUUUUCGCUUUGAUCAGCAGAUUACAAUAGCAUUUCUCUGUUAAAACCACUCAAGUAAGAUAAAAAGGUUAUGAAAUAUUGUAACCCGUUGAAGAUUUGCAAUUAUAGAACCGGGAAACUGAAUAUGCAGAGGAACAGUGAACCUAGCCUAGGCCGACUGAUUUUCGAAUCGUUUUAAACCUAAAGCGUUAUGUUUUUGAAUAGUAAUUUACAAUUUCAGAACAGAACAGCUAGCCUGAACUUUCAUUUAUUGGUUCUUUUGAAAAAGUAUGUAUGGCAAUAACAGAUAACAGAAUUAAAUUAAAAUGGUCAUAGGAAAAAAAGCGAAUUUAAACGAUGUUUGAGCAUAGCCCGUUAUCAAGUCAAACAAAGUCUCAACCCAGUUCAAACUCACUACCUCUAGAUAUUAGAAGGGUGUUACAAACAUUUCCUUGUUGCCUUUGAAGCUGUGACUUAGUGACAGUGAUUACGCCCUUGCAUUUUCUUUCUUUUAAUAAAAUGCUUUCUAGACUAAGAUGGCCUCUAACCUUUUUAAAUCCACAUUUGGUUCAUAUCGUCUGAGAAUUUAGAAAGGUGUUCCAGUGCAAAAGUGUUCCGCAGAUUGACGCAAGCAUAUUGAAAUUAACCUUAGCUACUAAAGCCCUGUGACAAGAACAUAAACUAACCAAGGCUAGCCUUGAUUGAGUAAACCCUUUGUGGCCUCGACCAGUGUCGUGAAAUUGUAGUACAGAAAGAAACCUGGGGCCAGUACUGUAGGAAGCAUAGAAUUAUUGGAAGAGCAUAAUUUUUAAAACAAUAGUAUGAGAACAAAAUGUGUACUGAAAACAGCAGAUUUUCAUGAUUUAUAGGGCACAAUGCCUCUUAAGACAAAAACAGUUUCGGCCCUGCAUGGGGGGACUUGCAUUAUCGAACGCAGUACCCAGGCUCAUCAGUUGAAAGAAAAAAAAAUUUUAAAUUGACAACUGUUCAUUCUUUGGUCAUGUCUACACAGAUCUCUAAACUAUUUCUGCCUGAAAAAAUCGAUUAGUGCGUUCUCAACUUAGCUUGAUGUAAUUUUGCAGCCCUUCUCUUACAAAAUGCAUGGAAAAGUCCAUAGUAAUUACCUGGAGCGCAAAAAGGAACAAAUACUAAAUACAAUUAGAUGAUGCUGAAGAAAGUAUCCACCAGUAUUGAACUUUUAGAAUCCCUUACCAAUACAUUUUCAGUUAUGAUGACGAUGCUGUCAAUUCUUUUACUCAAGACAUUAUUGUUUAUGUACGAUCAAGGGCAUAAUCUGUAACAGUUGUUAUCUGCCAUGUGAUCGGCACAUGACGUCACUUAGAGUACUAGAUCCCAGACCUUUGUUUUCGCGGGAGUUCGUGGGAUGGUAAAUGGCGGACGUGGUUAGCUGUGCGUCUGUCAGACUUUCAAAAUGGUGUGCUCGUGAAAUUAUGAUUAUGAAUUUUGCUCCUUGAAAUCAGUCGUCGAAAGACAAUUAUUGUUAUGGAUCCAGAUUGCUGUUCGGUUCUUUAUGAGCUAGCUGAGAAAUGU